AUGGCCGCCAUCGGCUCGGCCAUCCUCGCCGCCCACCGCGCAAAGGGCAACCAGGACGUCGCCCAGCUCUUUACCCGCAAGGAGCUCGUCGGCAAGGGCGCGUACGGCGGCGUGUACAAGGGCAUCCACAACGACACGGGCACCGUCGUCGCCCUCAAGGUCAUCGACCUCGACACGCCCGACGACGACAUCUCCGAGAUCCAGCGCGAGGUCGCCCUCCUGUCAGAGCUCCGCGAUGCCGCCCGCUACAACAUCACCCUCUACCACGGCUCGUACCUCCACGGCCACGAGCUCUGGAUCGCCAUGGACUUCGCCAGCGGCGGCAGCAUCCGCACCCUCAUGAAGAGCGGGCCGAUCGAGGAAAAGUACGCCGCCCUCAUCAUCCGCGAGGUCCUCGUCGCCCUCAGCUUCCUCCACCGUCAAGGCAUCAUUCACCGCGACGUCAAGGCCGCCAACGUCCUCCUCACCCAGACGGGCAAGAUCCUCCUGUGCGACUUUGGCGUCGCCGCGCACCUCCAGACCAACUCGAAGCGCUCGACGUUCACGGGCACGCCCCUGUGGAUGGCUCCCGAGGUCAUCACCGACGGCAAGCUGUACGACACGCAGGCCGACGUCUGGUCGCUCGGCAUCACGCUGUACGAGAUCGCGACGGGCAACCCGCCUCACUUCGGCAUGGAGCCUCUGCGCGCAUGCGCCCUCAUCCCGACCAUGGCGCCGCCAAGACUCGAGGGCGGCUCGUGGAGCAACGGCAUGCGCGAGUUCCUCGCGAGCUGUCUCGAGAUCGACCCGAGCGAGGUGCGCCCACUCUCCCUCUGGCCAUCCUCCUCUCGUCUCGCCUCGCCGGCCGCAAGACAGCUACUGACAGCUUGUCGCCGACCCGCAGCGCCCGACCGCCGACGAGCUGUCCAAGACCAAGUGGAUCCGCUCGGCGUCCAAGCUGUCGAUGGUCAUCCUGCGCGAGCUCAUCGUGCGCUACGUGUCGUGGAUCCAGUCAGGCGGUCAACGGCACUCGAUCGUCGGCCUCGACGGCGUCGACGAGGUCCUGCAGCGCGAGGACACGUUCGAGCUCGCCGAGGACCGGUGGGACUUUGA